CAUUUGUUUUUAAUCCCGCCCGCAAUUCCAUACACUGCUCUGUUCUCUCUCAGCUAAAACUGCUCUUCAAUAUUGGAGAGAGAGAGAGAGAGAGAGAAAACCAGAAAGAGAAACAAACAACAGUGAGACAAACCCAGAAAACCACACUGAAUUCAGAGAGAGAGAGAGAGUGAGUGUGUGUGUGUUGAAAUGGGUUUUACAAUUUGCUGUUAGACUAAACAAAGCCGAACCCAAUAACUAGUUUUUCUGGUUUCUCUUCACUCUCAAACUCUGAUCUCUCUGUAUUCUAUUCUAUUUACAUAUACACAACAAUGGCGGAUAUGUAUAACUAUAAGACCACCUGUUCUUCAUCUUCCUUUCCUUCUGAACCCGACGAUAUCUCUCUGUUUCUUCACCAAAUGCUCCUCCGCUCAUCAUCAUCGUCAUCAUCUUCUCCAAUGCAGACCACCCCUCACCGUCCGAUCCCAACGUCUCUGCUUUCUGGGUUUGAACGCCCGACAACCCACCCUAUCUCCGCCGCCGAAUCAUCUUCCGGGUUGAAUGACCCUGACGAGUACGAUUGCGAAAGCGAGGAGGGUUUUGAAGCUCUGGUUGAAGAGGGUCUAGCAAAGGCUAUUACGCCGCGUAAUUCUUCCAAGAGAAGUAGAGCAGCAGAGGUUCAUAAUUUGUCUGAAAAGAGGAGGAGGAGAAGAAUUAAUGAGAAAAUGAAAGCAUUGCAGAAUCUAAUUCCGAAUUCCAACAAGACUGAUAAGGCGUCCAUGCUCGAUGAAGCUAUUGAGUACCUCAAGCAGCUUCAGCUCCAAGUACAGAUGUUGACAAUGAGAAAUGGACUGAGUUUAUAUCCUAUGUGCCUACCUGGAGUCUUGCAGCCAGCCCAACUGUCAGAUAUAAAAAUGAGCUUUUAUGAAGGAAACGGAACCCUAAAUAUGGACAUGACAGGCAUGCUUCCUGUGAACCAAGAAACUCCGACAAAUACCCUCUUCAAUAUACCCAAUCAAAGCACUAACCCAAGUGAGCUAUCAGCAGCCAACUUAAGUAUAAUCAAUUCUGGAACUUCAUUUGGCAUGGAUUCAUCAAUCCAAGGUCACCUUAGACCCUUUCAACCCCACACAUCAUCCAAAGUGAAGGAAAUCUGCAGGGAGGACAUGUUGUUGCCCUGUCAACAUCUAAAUGUGGAUGAUCAUUCUCAGAUGAAUUCCUUAGAUUUUGAAAUGGGAACCAAAGCUACAGUAUCAAUUCCCUUGGAAACACAAGCAUCUGAUGUAAAGGACAAUGCGCUGGAAGCAUUCAUCCUACGAACAGAGAGACCAGAAAGUCUGCUUCUAUCAAAUCUGGGGCACAACCCAGUUCUUGCCCCCCCAUUUGAAUCGCAUGCACGAGGGAAGAGGUCCACCUGAGGAUGACAUCAAGGCUGAAGGGCUGAAGUUUUGAGAUUUGCUGGCCUAUGAUUUUACCAUCAACAUUUUUUUUUAACUUGGUGCAGCCACAUGUUCUGUAGGUAACUUGUACAUUAUUAUGUUAUUUGCUUUGCAUAGGACACAGUUUCAAACAUGAAUCUUAUGUGUACCCAAAUGCCUUGAAAUUGGAAUGUCACUCAACAUAGGGGCAUUUGGCCAUGGCCUGUAAUAUUUAUUGAAAAAAAUAGAAAAACAUUCAUAUGAAAUCAGCCUUUUUAUUUA